CACGAGCGUUUCGUACCCAUCGGUGCUGGAUACGGUGGAUACGAGAAGAAGGGCUACACGUGGAAGGAGAUCGAGACGGCGUUUAGGAACCGUGUGCUGACCGGUGCGAUUAUCAAUCAAAACUACAUCGAUCCUCGUGAAUUUUUGAAAAACGUGAGAAAUACGGUUAUCGAGCGGAUCCAGGGCGUCAUGGUGGAACACAACAGCGUCAAGAUUAACACCGCGUUCAACGGGGAAUUCGUCGCGGGCGACAAGACUGCCGUGAAGACCAUCGCCACGAAGAACUGCGAGCUCUUUCCAACAUCUGAUCUACAAGAAUGGUACACGCGGCACGUGGAGGAUGAUAUUCUGGCGGCUUUGGAGGAGUUUCAGGAACGCGAUAGCGGAUGGGCGUUGUCGCGUAUCCUGAAUCUCACCGUCAAUGUGAACAAGUUCAAUCCUCUGCGCGCGGGAUGCAACAUCGAGUUACCGCGGAAAAUUAUGCUGAAAAGGGCGGUAGUCAAUGUUAAAUCAAACGAUAAUGCAUGCUUUGCGUGGGCAGUCGUAGCCGCUUUAUAUCCAGCGAAAAAACAUCCGGAAAGAACGAUAGAAUACCCACAUUACUCAACGGUGCUCAACCUGUGCGGCAUCGAGUUCCCCGUGACGCUGUCACAAAUAUCAAAGUUCGAGAAACUAAACGCCAUCUCCGUCAACGUCUUCACCACCGAAGACUCAAAAAUCGUCCCUCUGCGGCUCGCCGACGACAAAAAGGAGAAGCACGUCAACCUGCUAUACGUGCGUAAAAACAACGAUGCACACUUUGCGUGCAUAAAGAACCUGCCGCGGUUGGUGAGCUCACAACUGAGCAUGCACAAAUGUAAAAAGUACAUUUGCGAUCGGUGUCUACACUACUUUUAUACACGGGAGAAGUUGUCAGUCCACAGCGUCGACUGCGGGAAAAUGAACGACUGCGCCGUCGUUCUCCCCAGCGAGGACGACGAGUGGCUGACGUUCCGGAAUUACAAUCGGAAGGAGCGGGUUCCGUUCGUAGUGUACGCCGAUCUCGAAUGUACGCUCGAGAAAAAGGUGGAUCAGGACGGUACCACUUACGCCUACCAACAUCACAGAGCCUUUAGCGUAGGAUAUUAUGUAAGUUGCACGUACGAUAAUUCUUUAUCUAGUUUUAAGUCGUAUCGCGGUGAGGAUUGCGUGGCGUGGUUCGUCAACGAACUUCACGAUUUGACGCACCGUGUGAAAGCGAUCCUCACCACCGUCGUCCCCAUGGCGGAUCUUACGCGGGAGGAAUCGGAAAAAUUCCGUAGCACCGCGACGUGCCACGUGUGCGAGAAACCGUUUACACCGGACGAUACGCGGGUGCGCGAUCAUUGUCAUCUGACCGGGCGUUACCGCGGUGCCGCGCACUCGUCGUGCAAUCUAAAUUACAUAGACUCCGACGUUAUCCCGGUGAUAUUUCACAAUUUAUCCGGUUACGACGCGCAUUUCAUUAUUAAAGACGUUGCCAAUGCUUUCGAAGGCAACGUCGAAUUGUUACCGCUGACGAAAGAACGUUACAUUUCAUUUACAAAAAAUGUUAAAGAUACCGAAGAUCAAAAUUCCAAAAUUUGCAUCAAAUUACGGUUUAUUGAUUCGUUUAAAUUUCUCAGUACGAGUCUCGACAAAUUGGCAUCUUAUUUAACUAUAGAUGAAUUAAAAAUUUCACGAUCGGAAUUCAAACAUUUAUCCGCGGAAAAUUUCAAUCUGCUUACUCGGAAAGGCGUGUUUCCCUACGAGUACGUCGACAGCGUCGACAAGCUCCGGGACACAAGCCUGCCAUCGCGCGAAUCGUUUUACAGCUCGCUCACCGGAGAAACGGUAUCCGAGAGCGAUUACGCGCACGCGACAAACGUCUGGCAAACUUUUUCGAUUGAAGAUCUAGGUCAAUACAGCGAUUUGUAUUUGAAAACAGACGUUCUUUU